CACCGCACGUACUACUUACUCCAUUAUAGUUUUCAAUUUUCACUCUCGAGUCUCGUCUAUCGCGUCGCUUCUCCGAGGACAGAAAGGCAAAAGGUGCCUUUUUUUCCUUUCAAGAUCAAGAUGGAACGACGAUCCGGUAAAGCGGUCGCUAGGGUUAGGGUUUGACAACCGGAAGGUGAUCGGAAGAGGGGCCUCGAAAUAAGCCCUAGUGUAUAGCCCUCGAUUUGCAGAUAUCAUGGCUCGCCAGGAGAACUCAUUUGCCCUAUUGGGGGAUGAGGAGGGUGACGAUGUCAAUGCUCUCCUUGCCAACGUCGCCGCCAAGGUUGCUGCUUCGCCGCCGGCAGAGAAGAAGCAGCCUCAACAGAAGGCGCAGCAGGCUUCGUCAGCUCCUGCUGCUAAGUUCCCUUCGAAGCCUCUUCCGCCUGCCGAAUCUGUGAGAGCGGAGAGAGGCAGGGGAGGAAGAGGCGGCCGAGGUGGUCGUGGGCUAGGAAGGGGUGGCUCGGGUGGGAGCGAAGCCGGGCAGUACGGGAAUGGCCGUGCCAAUGGUUACCAACGGAACUAUGGUGGGGAAUCUGAUGGGAAUUCUGCUGAUGAUGGCUGGCGUGGCGGGCGUGGCGGUGGUCGUGGCAGGGGAAGAGGCGGAGGGCGUGGCCGAGGAAGAGGGUUUAAUGAAGAUCGUGGUUUUGGAAAUGAAGGUCAGGCUGGUGCCAAUGAAACCCAGGGUCAGACUGGCGGUGAUGGUUGGGAAGAGGGGACUGAAUCUCAGGGAAAAACUUAUGGAAAUGAGAAUCGUCCUUUUAGAAAUGACAAUAGGGCGUUCAGGAAUGAAAAUCGGAAUGGGAAUGGCGAAAGAAGGGCUUAUGGUGCUGGAAAUCGUGGCUUCAGGGGUGGAGAGGGCCGGUAUGGUGAUCGUGACGGGGCAAGGUAUGGUAGGGGUGAGGCUCCGAAUGGUUCAGAGAAGGUGGAACUUGGUGAUGGGAAAGAGCAACCUGGAAACAAUACUGAUAACAACAACGGUGGAGAUGAAUGGGAUGUUCCUGUGACUACUGAAUUACCAAAGGACGCGGAAUCUGAACAGGAAAAGGUUGAACAAGGCACAAACCAGGAUGCUUCUGACAAGAAGCCGGAAGAAGAGGAUAAGGAAAUGACCCUUGAAGAAUAUGAGAAAGUACUUUAUGAAAAGAGGAAGUCUCUGGAAGCAUUUAAAUCUGAGGAAAGAAAAGUUACCCUUGACAAAGACUUUGAGUUGAUGCAACUUAUUGAGAAAAAGAAGGAGGACACCCUUUACGUUAAGCUGAAAGCUGAGAAGGACAAACUUAAGAAGAAGGAUAGCCUUGACAAGGAGGAGAAAGUUCGUAAGUCGCUGAGCAUAAACGAAUUCCUGAAGCCGGCGGAGGGUGAGAGGUAUGCACGAGGAGGACGUGGUGGACGAGGUCGUGGACGUGGGGAGCGUGGUGGAUUCAGGGGAGGAUUUUCGGGGCAGCCAGGUAGCAGCGCUGCUCCUGCACCUUGCAUCGAGGACCCUGGUCAGUUUCCUCUUUUGGGGGGAGCUGUCAAGGCUUGAUUUUUGUUAGGAUAUAAUAUUAGUUUUUUCCUCUUUUUUCGUCUUUCCCCCCCUUAAAGAAGUACUAGUUUUGCCUUUCUGGUCUCAGUGGAUCAGAUUCUCUAGCCUCUUAGUUUUUUUCUAGCUAAGAUCUUGGACAUAUUUCAGUGAGAUCUAAUAUUAUCAUAUCUUAUCAUUAUUGUCGAUUAUCAUAUUAGAUCUGUCUCUGUCUGUCUGUCUGAGUUUCAGUUACUCUUAUUAACGAUUUUAGUACAAACCUGUUUCUUUAAGAGUUUCUUUUAAGAGAAGUGUCGACUAGGCGUUAGUUUGUUUCGGAUACGUUCAUUCUCUUGCUGUUUUUGUUAGCCAUGAUUUGUGGGCUAUCGAGGUAUUAUGGUGAAACUGAGAAUGUUGUGCGGAUGGGUAUCAGACGUUUUGGGUUCUCUC